AAGACACAGAGACCUCCAUCAUGGCUAUCGCUGACCAGCUGCUGGAGCUGAUGUUCUCCUGGAUCAAGCAGAGGGAACGCUGUGCAGAGAAGCUGAGGAAACUGGCCCAGGAGCUGGAGUCACACAGGGAGAAUUGUAACGCUGCAGAAUGUGUUGGAAACACAGUGUCAGUGGCUGGAUCCUUAUCUCUGAUCGGGGCCGGUGUGGCCACUGUGUUCACCGGCGGUGCAGCUGCUCCACUUUUAGGCAUAGCAGGAGCAGUAUGUUCAGGUGUAGGUGUUACCGUAUCUGUGGGUACUAAAAUCACUGAGGGCUUCAUAUCCAGCGACACCAUGAAAGAGGCACAGAAGAUUGAAAAGAAGAGCAACGAAAUUCAAGAAAAAAUCAACCAACUGUUUAAGCAACUGAAGGCAGAGUGUUCCUCCACUGACCCAGAGGAAAUGGACCAACACGUCAUGACUGAAAUUCUGAAAGCCAUGGCCAGAAGAAAUGGGUUAGAAGGGCACCUAAUGGAUUUCAAGAAGAUUUUUGUUCCAGUAAAGAGCAACAUAAACUAUUUCAGUCUUGAAAUUAAAGUUGCACUGAUUGUAGGAGGCGCUGUUGGACUGGCAUUUGCACUUCCUGAGGCGAUUGCCAGCUGGACAGACCUGAUCAAGAAUAAUCAUGUGACUGAAGCGAGCCAA